UCCACUACCACUCAAAGCUUGGAGCCUAUUGCUGCACACGUUCAGUUUAGUCCCACUUCGAUACUUACAUUAAACGCCAUGAGCUCAGGCACGAAUAGUACGUCGCCCUCGACCUUUGUCGAUAGCGACACACUACGCACCCGUUUUGCGGCAGCCAUGUCAUCCAUGUAUCGAACCGAAGUGCCGCUUUAUGGAAAUUUGAUCGAUAUUGUACGUGAAGUGAACAGUCGAGUCUUGCAUAGAAUUGAUCCAAAUGAUCGAAAUGAUGUGUCUCCUGGUGACAUAUACGACCUGGAUGCGAUGCGCAUCAGUUCCGACCGACUAACGCUGGAACGACACGGAGCCAUUCGCCUGGGCACCCCGUUCGAGCUACGGACUAUCAAAAGGAUCUUCGCCAUACUGGGUAUGCAUCCAGUUGGAUACUACGACCUGUCAAUUGCCGGUCUUCCUAUGCAUGCAACCUGCUUUCGCCCGACAGACGUCACUAGUCUCGAGCGCAACCCCUUCCGCGUCUUUACAACCCUGCUUCGACCUGAGCUUCUGGCCAGCCACGAGGCCCGCGAAUUAUCCCUCUCCCUUCUUGGCCAAAGAAAGAUCUUCAGCCACGGGCUAUUCGAUAUUCUUGACGUAGCAGAGUCACAGGGUGGACGGCUAAAUGCCCGUCAAGCCGAGACUUUCAUCCCAGAAGCCCUAGCUACCUUCGGAUGGCAGUCCAUAGCCGCUGCAACUCUCGAUCAGUACGAGAUCCUCAAGGCCGAACACCCCAUUCUAGCCGACAUUGUAUGCUUUCAAAAUGCUCACAUAAACCAUCUAACCCCACGCACUCUGGACAUCACUGCCGUUCAGUCGGCCAUGAAAGCAGCUGGCAUGGCUGCUAAGUCUCAGAUCGAAGGGCCUCCGCCUCGAAAGUGUCCCAUUCUUCUACGCCAGACAAGCUUUCUGGCACUCGAAGAGCCCGUCCAGCUCUGGCAGUCAAAACUUCCGGGCACUGGGAGUGAUCUCAACGGUGAUCUACAGAUGUUCGACCCUAAAGCUACCCUCAUUCAGGGAAGCCACAAGGCACGAUUCGGUGAGAUCGAGCAGCGAGGAGCAGCGGUGACGCCGAAGGGGCGAGACUUGUACGACAAGCUCCUACAGCAAAGUCGCAAUGUCAGUGUCGGUUUGAGUCCCGAGGAAGCAGACGCGCGGACCAUUGAAGUCUUCCAGAAAUACCCGGAUAGCUGGAAAGACCUGCGGCAACAGGGACUCAUCUACUGCCAGUUCCGGUGCAUCAAGCCGAUACACACCACCCCGGCUAUUGACAAAGAAGAGGGCUUGAUUCUGGAUCAAUUGAUUUCAAGAGGAGUGGUGGAGGCUGUACCAAUUACAUAUGAAGACUUUUUGCCCCUUUCAGCGGCGGGGAUCUUCCAGUCAAAUCUACAGACUAAUACCCAUUCCCCGGGUGCAUCUGUUGGCCCCAUGUACUCAUUAUCGGACCAGAAAGGUCUUGGACAGGCGCUGGAGGGAACAGUCCUGAAUCUGGAUGAUUGGUACGCUGAUGUUCAGCGCCAGAGCUUGGAAAGGGUAGCAAAAGCACUAGGCUUUGCUUUGGAGGAUCUCAUGGAUGCUUAGGAAAUGUCUGCGUGGGCUUCACCCCUGUUCUGUUGUUUCAACAUAUGGAAACGGUCCAUUUUCUAAUCUUCCUUUUGCUUAUUUCGAUGCUUGAACGUUUGUGUUACCUUCUCUCAGCUGCCUUUUAUCACUCGGAACUAAG